GGAUGCGAACUAAGAUGUUGUGGCAAAACAAGAGGCGGGUAUAUAAGCGACUGAACAACAGGUAAAGUAACAUCACAACGACCUAAUUCCUCCUUUAGAUCGCGGCACAUACAUUCUCUCACUCUCUACCUACCUGCCUGCCGAGUGCCUACAGGGAGGUGCAGAGAUGCUUCUUACCACGAGUGGGUACCAGCUUGCGCUAUUUUGCCUUCUGAUAAGAAGCUGUCAAGCUGUCAAGAACGGCGCCACGGAAACGUUAAACGCUCAGUUGAUCAGUACGGUCCAGGAUACACCGAGUAGUAAUGUAUCAAUGAAUCAAGCACGCAACGGAGGAAGACGUUUGACCAGCGAUGCGAGGAAAGAGCAGGGCCAGGCACAGAGCCAGGUGGGCUGCAGAGAGCUGCGCUCCACCAAGUACAUAUCAGACGGCCAGUGCACCAGCCUGAACCCGGUCAAGGAGCUGGUGUGUGCCGGGGAGUGUCUCCCCUCCCACCUACUGCCCAACUGGAUUGGCUCCGGCCCUGGCUACACCGGAAAGUUCUGGAGCCGGCGGGAGGCCCAGGAGUGGCGUUGCGUCAUCGACCGGACCCGGACCCAGCGCAUCAGACUGCAGUGUCAGAACGGAAGCUCCAGGACCUACAAGAUCACUGUGGUUACUUCCUGCAAGUGUAAACGCUACUCCAGGCAGAACAAUGACUCAGGGAAUGGGAAGUCAGAGGUGGAGGUUGGGCAGGCCCAGGGGCAGAGCUCCACACCCCAGGGGCCCAAGAAGAGGAAGGGAAAGGAAGGGAAGAAUGGACGUUCUGGGCAGGAGGACUGGGCUGAAGAACAGCCUAAGAAUUACUGAACGGAGACUUCUGGUCAGGGGGGCUCUGUACACCUCUGAGGGGAUGGAAGGUCUCUCUGUGCCCCCACUUCAGAAACAACUGCAGCACCAACAGACACUAGUUUUGUUUAGAUGGAGCCAAUGUGUUCUCUAUGUUUAAAGUAGCUAUAUGGAAAAGGCUAUGCAAUGAUUCUUCAGACCGUGCAACUGGUUUGCAAAAUAUUGACCACUGUGGAUGUGUUUGUAAAUGUAUGUGUUUUUGUAUGUGAUAGAAUGAGACUAGUUUAAAUAGUACAAGAACCACAUUAGACAACGUGAGAUGAAGUGUUCCUAUCAACAGCUGAGUAUGUUGUCCAAAUAGUAAUGUUUAUAAUAACAUAAAAUGGCAUAGUAUGUAUAGAAAUAGUGAUUCUAUACUCUUUGUGUUACUUUUCAAAGUAUACUAGUAAAGAACAAGAAGGCCCUCAACACUGUUAAGGCUCCCAAUUCACCGCUUUAUUGACAACAUUUACAUCCCAAACAGAUCUUCUUCUGGUCAAACAGACUGAGUGCUCUCUUCCCAAAAUAUACACAUUUCACCUCACAUGACGCAUGGUGGGUGCAAAAACAAUUUGUGCAUAUCUAAUAAUUUGAUAUCAAUGAGACGGGCACAUAUAUUAGGUACAGAAAAGAAUAUAUAUGUACAAAAUGACCAAGUAAGAGACCUGGAAGGCAAGACAAAUCAAAGUGACAAAUUCAUGUAAGAAAUGUUCUGAUAUCAAACUCUUGGUUCAGACCUCUAGGAGACAUGGUACACAAACAGUGAAUCCAAUACAAUUCUCUUCUCAGUAAUAGAUUAGCAGUAUCUCACCCCCUCCUAGGAGUCUUAACAUGUUCAAUAUCAAUGUAUCUCAGAGAGCUAAUGUUGUGCCGAGCCUCAGUGAAAUGCGCAGCCACAGGGUUUCUCUGGUAAAGUGUCCUGGUAUUACUCCUGUGUUCUGCUAUCCUUGUUUUCAAAGUUUGUUUUUCCUACAUAGCAUUGACCACAAAUGCACUUGAUCAGGUAUAUCAUUUUUUUAUUUGUGGAACAUGUAAUGAUGCCUUUCAUCUUAAUGGCCUUUCCCGUAAUAGGGUGAUUGAACAUUGUGCAUUUGUUCAUAAAGUUACACUAGGUACAUCGGCCACGUCUAUAAUUACUUUUCAAAGUAUGUAACGGAUUACUAUGACAAUGUAAUAUAUUUUUGUACGGAGAUACCUAAACUUAAUAGAAAUAAGCUAAUCUUUUUUUUUAUGUAUUUGCUACAUUCCAUGUAAUCACUUUCUGGACAAAUUGUGUCUCAAAUUAUUUGCCUUUGGAUAAUGAAAUAUUGUCUACUAUGAUUAAAUCACUGAUUUAAUAUAAAAAAUGACUUUUCUUUAA